CUGUUCCAUCGCAACUCCCCCAGCGGCAACGGAGAAGGCCAGUACAUCGACCUCUCCAUGCUCGACGCCCAGAUCGCCUGGAUGACCUACCAGGCUGGCUACUACUUCGCCACCGGCGAUGCUCCGCAGCGGCUGGGCGCGGCCCAUCCCACCCUUGUGCCCUACCAGGGCUUCAAGGGCGGGGACGGUAAGUUCUUCAACGUCGCGGUGGGCUCCGAGCGUCUCUGGGAACGGUUCUGCCGGGGCAUCGACCGCACGGAGCUGAAGGACGACCCCGAUUACGCCACCAAUGGCGAUCGGGUCAACCACCGCUCCCAGCUGGUGCAGAUGCUGGAGGAGCACUUCCGGAGCAAGGACGCCGACGACUGGGUCGCCGACCUGCAGGCCGUCAGCGUUCCCGCCGGCCCAUCAACGACCUGA